CACAUUGUCGUUCACUUUAAACGCACGCUGGCUGACAUUGUCGGGUCAAAAUUUUCGGGCUAUUUAUUAAUUUGGCAAAUAGUUUGCUUGUGCAGCAGUAAAUACAUUUCUGGCUCGCACAAUCGACUCCAGACGUGUGGCUAAAACGAGGGAAACAAAAAAGACAAGCCGCUAACGUGUGAGCAAACAGAAAACACAGCAAGCAACAAAAUUGUGAUUCAGAGGAGAAAUUGCGAAAUACACAAGUUGGAAUAUCACACGCCCCGUCGUUAGCUAAGCAUCAGUCCUUCAAUUGUUAUCAAAUGCGAAUGGAAGACGUCAUUGAAAUAAGCGACAGCGAACGCGAAGACAACUCAUCAACCUCAGAAAUGGAAGUGGAUAUCCCAGAUAUACUAGAAAUGAACACCGAUGAUGCUGAGCUGAUUGUGCCCAAGGACGCGCAAACCAUUGCUGAAGAGAAAAAGAAACUGGGCAACGACCAAUAUAAGGCACAGAACUACCAGAAUGCGCUCAAGCUGUAUUCGGAUGCGAUAUCGCUAUGCCCGGACUCGGCGGCAUACUACGGCAAUCGCGCCGCCUGCUACAUGAUGCUGCUCAACUACAAGAGUGCCUUGACGGAUGCCCGUCAUGCCAUACGCCUGGACCCGGCCUUCGAGAAGGCGUACGUACGUGUGGCCAAGUGCUGUCUGGCUCUGGGCGACAUAAUUGGCGCCGAGCAGGCGGUGAAAUGCGUGGCCGAGCUGAACUCGCAGAGCACGGCGCUGAAGAGUGAGCAUGAGCAGGUGCUAAAGCUGCGACAACUGGAGAACACCAUACAGAGCAACUACGACACACAAGCCUAUCGCAAUAUGGUAUUUUACUUGGACAGCGCACUCAAGAUUGCCCCGGGCUGCUUGCGAUAUCGACUGUUGAAAGGCGAAUGCUUGGCCUACCUGGGACGUUGCGACGAGGCGCUGGACAUUGCUGUGAGCGUCAUGGUAGUGGAUAGCACCUCGGCGGACGCUAUCUAUCUGCGCGGCCUGUGCCUCUACUAUACAGACAAUCUGGAGAAGGGCAUAUUGCACUUCGAGCGCGCCUUGCAGCUUGAUCCCGAUCACCAGAAGUCCAAGCUGAUGCGCAGCAAGUGCAAACAGCUCAAGGAAAUGAAGGAGAAUGGCAAUAUGCUGUUCAAGUCGGGACGCUAUCGCGAGGCGCACGUUGUGUACACGGAUGCGUUGAAGAUUGAUGAACUCAAUAAGGACAUAAACUCAAAGCUGCUUUAUAAUCGAGCUCUGGUAAACACGCGCGUUCACCAGCUACGAGAGGCGGUGGUCGACUGCAAUCGUGUGCUGGAACUGAAUGCGCACUACUUGAAGGCGAUUCUGCUGCGCGCACGCUGCUACAAUGAUUUGGAGAAGUUCGAGGAGGCGGUGGCAGACUAUGAGACGGCGCUUCAGCUGGAGAAGACGCCAGAGAUUAAGCGACUGUUGCGUGAUGCCAAGUUUGCGCUCAAGAAGUCGAAGCGCAAGGAUUACUACAAAAUAUUGGGCAUUGCGCGCAACGCCUCAGAGGAUGAAAUCAAGAAGGCCUAUCGUAAAAAGGCAUUGGUGCAUCAUCCAGACAGACAUGCCAAUAGCAGCGCCGAGGAGCGCAAGGAUGAGGAGCUCAAGUUCAAGGAGAUUGGAGAGGCCUAUGCCAUAUUGUCGGAUACGCGAAAGAAGCAACGCUAUGACAGCGGUCAGGACAUAGAAGAUCAAGAGCAAGCUGAUUUCGAUCCCAACCAGAUGUUCCGCUCGUUCUUCCAAUUCAACGGUCGCAAUGCCUCCUUCAACUUCGAAUAUUAAGUCGGCCCGCAGCCUGUAUACCCUGAACUGAGAAGGCAAUGACUCAUCCAGACCAGACGCACAAAUCAGUAGUCAUUGUAUGUUUUACACACUCACAGACACACACACGCACGCACACAAAUAUUGUUUUGUCCCGCAAAUCCCGUUGCUGAAAUCUUCUCGACAUGAGUUAGUUCCCCCCGAAAGAGAAAAUGUAAAAAAAACAUCGUUUAUUCCCAGGAAAUAUUUUGUUGUGGGGCGUGUUGCUUUCAAUUUUGGCAUUUCAAAACAAUACCAAAUACUAACUUUAUACAUAACUUAAUAAAUUUAAAAUUACAUAGAUGCUGUUGCCGAUCUGAGUCUGGGCUUUUUAGCAUUAUGAGUGUGUGUGUUUCCGAAGGGUUAACAAUUAGUUGAGUUUGAAAUAAGCCGUUGCCUUUAUUUGUAACCUCAUCGGUACACAUAAGUUUAACUCUUAAGUUGGAACAAUACUUUAAGCAAACCAAUAAAAACACUGUAUUUAAAAAGAGAAACAUCCAAU